CGCGAGGGAGCAGGCCAGAGUACAACCCACUAAAAACAACCUAGCCUACGUCAAGAGAUCACCACGUGAAAGGCACGAGCGAGACGCACCGCCCAGAGACUUGGCAUUACUAAGUGGUCGUGAGGAAUGGAGUUUUCUGCCAAGAUGGAACUUAACAAGAGCCAGCAACAGCUGAUGCCGCCUGUGUGUUUUAUUUCAACAACAGCACAAAGCAUCCCGCUAAGCCCCACCGACAGCACCCAGGGCAGCGCCAAGUCAGCAUCAAAGCAGUCCAAAAGGCAGCGCUCAUCCUCUCCUGAGUUGCUGCGCUGUAAAAGGAGACUGAAUUUCGCGGGUUUUGGCUACACGCUUCCACAGCAGCAGCCGCACGCAGUUGCGCGCAGGAACGAGCGGGAGCGCAACCGGGUCAAACUGGUGAACAACGGGUUUGCCACACUGCGUGAGCAUGUGCCCAACGGUGCGGCCAAUAAGAAGAUGAGUAAAGUGGAGACGCUCAGGUCUGCGGUGGAAUACAUUCGUGCGCUACAGCAGCUCCUGGAUGAACAUGACGCAGUGAGCGCAGCUUUCCAAGCUGGAGUGAUGUCUCCCACAAUGUCACAAGGAUACUCUGCUGAUAUGAACUCUAUGGCCGGUUCACCCGUGUCUUCCUACUCGUCAGAUGAGGGUUCCUACGACCCACUGAGCCCAGAGGAGCAAGAACUUCUGGACUUCACAAACUGGUUUUGAGCGCCUGAGUCAAUUCAGUCAAGGUACAGAUGACACACUGAAAUUUGCCAGUUUGUGUCAAUUAUUGUUAGAAAUAAAGACUAAUAAUAAGUCUAGAUGUCAUUGCUGCAGUGCGCCAUUGGAUGGCAUGGGAAUGCCUGCAGUCCUGGACAACAAGAUGCACUGUAUUUAUGCUUUGACCUCCCAGCAAAAGGCUUGACAUGAGGACCAGGCCAGAGAUCAGCGCCAAAGGAUUUAUGGAUCUCGAGCCGUGACAACAUGGGACUCUGCAAUAUUUUCCACGACAGACUUUGACAAACCCCCAAAGUGCGCUCUUCUGCAGAACACAAUUAUUUAACGUGUAACUGUUCUAUGCUAAACCAAUCACAUCCUCGUAUCACACCUCUCUCCACAAGAAUGCUUCCAAGUAACGAAUUUAUAUAGUAUAUAAGCGGUUUCUUUCUUUCUUUCUUUUUGAGAUAUAUUAACAUAUUUUUGUAUCAAAAAGAUUUAUACGUAGAUGUUUUGUACACUACUUUUGUAAAUAGUUUGUCUAUAUUGUGCAUUUGUUCUUUGCCUCCUGCCUAAAGACGUUGCCUAUUUUAUACUCUGGCUCUUAUGUUUUAUGUUUCCAGAAGGAGUUUGAGACUCCACAAUUUAUUAUAGCACCAAUGUGUCUUAUUUAAUAGAAAACCAAUGUUUUAUAUAAUACAAUGAUCAAAUAAUAUGCAGCUAUUGUCCAAACGGAAAGCUUUGCCCAUACAUUGUAUUUUAUAGGCCU